AUGGAUCACUACGCAGCACAUGAAGAGCAACUUGCCUCCCAGAGAAUGCGGCAGAAACUUGAAGAAGUAAAUGUGGCUGCACAAACUAAUCUUGCCCCUGUCCAAGACUAUGUCAAUUUUACUCUUCAGAAAGCCUAUUUUAAAUGCGCACACGAGUGUUUUGAUCGAAGCAAAAGACAGGAGGAAAUAAGCAAUUGUGUCGAAAAUUGCAGUAUUCCUCUUGCUAAUGUUCAACAGACAUUUGAUGCUGAGAUGGCAAAGUUUCAGGAAAGGUUGAAUAGAUCUCUGAUGGUGUGUCAAGAUAAGUUUGAGGCAGCUAAGCUCCAGCGUACUGAGGCUAUUGAUGAUUUGAUUUCCUGUGCUGACCAGUCAAUCCAGGAAAGCAUCAAGACCCUGCCACAUCUUGCCAACAAGUUGAAAGCUUCCUUUGGAAUUAGGGACAAUGGCUCAGUUUAG